CGACGUCGCUUCUUGUGACGUUUUUUUCGUCAGUGUGCGGCUCUUGGUCGGUGGUCGAUUCCUUCAGUAAAAUUAUUAUUUCGUUUAAAUCUGUUUCUAAACUACAUCACCUGUUUUGGUAGAGGUGCGACGGAUUUCAGAGUUAGCCCUGACAUAUGGCCGAGGCAAACGAUACAGAUGACCUGGAACUAAAUCCAGAAGCAGCAGACUUUGUUCCUGGGGAAAGACAGCCCCACUUCCAGCAAAGGAGAAGCUGGAGAAGACCAGACUUUAACAGAAAUCGAAAUAGUCAGUAUGCAACUGCUCGGCAGCAGCAUUUCAAUCGGGUGUUUUAUACUGAAGAUACAGCACUUGACAAGGGUCAGCAUCUUGACAGAGAGAAGUAUUCUUCUCAGGCACUUUUAGAUAUUCAGAAAUCUGGAAGCAGUCAUAGCUUUCAAAGCCAGCGACGACAUAAAGCAAGAAACACUGCAUCUAGCCCAGUAGACCAUGUCAACUCUUUGAACAGAAGCCAGAUACAAGCUGCCUCUGAGAAAGUUGACAAAGAUGGACUCAGUUGGAGAGCAGGGAACUCUGAACUCCAUGACUUCACAAAUGAUUUCGUACAUGAAGAUUCAAAAGACUUCCGACUUAAAAAGUCAAGAAAAUUCAGCUAUGAGCCAAGAAUGGCUCCAAGUGAAAGGAGAGAGCAAGUGUACUAUAGAGACAAUGGAGAACAUUUAAAUGAGAUGAGAAGUGAAACAUCACAAAAGCAAGAUUCCAUGGCUGUAGUCAAGACUGCUGAGAGAAGAGAUCAAAGGUCUUACGAGAGCAUGCCUAAACACUCUUAUUACAGCAAUAAACGAAAAACCCAAGUGCCCCAAAAGCAUUGGCAUCAGACUAAAGAUGAGUUAUAUGCUGAAAGUGUUGAGGAGUCUUGCAAAGAAGACAAACACAAAAACAUUACUUUUGAAGAUCAACAGCCAAGAGUUUUGACAAUUCCUGAUAAGGCAAAUGAAGUUGACAACAGACCACAGAGAAGAAGCAGUGUAGAAAAAGGAUAUUCACGGGGAAUGUUGCUUCAUGAUCAUGGACCAAAAAAAUAUUUUAACGCCAGUAGGAAACCUUUCUAUAAGAAACAAAUGGAUGUUCCCAAAAAUAAAGAAACACAGACUGGAUGCCUUAUUGAGCAGCUGACUGAGGAAAAAUAUGAGUGUAUGGUCUGCUGUGAAAUCAUUCAUGUGAAAGCACCAGUGUGGAGCUGCCAAAGCUGCUAUCAUGUCUUUCAUCUGUACUGUAUUAAAAAAUGGGCACGAUCCCCUGCAUCUCAGGCUGAGGAUGGAAACGAUGGAUGGAGGUGUCCAGCUUGUCAGAACGUUGCAGUAAGAGUGCCAAAUGCAUACACAUGCUUCUGUGGAAAAGUGAACAAUCCUGAAUGGAACAGAAAUGAAAUUCCUCACAGCUGUGGAGAACUGUGUGGUAAAAAACGAUCAGGUCUUGACUGCAAUCAUCCCUGCAACAUUUUGUGCCAUCCAGGACCUUGUCCACCAUGCCCUGCAUUUAUUACUAAAGCAUGCAUCUGUGGAAAAACAAGCCAAUCUGUACGUUGUGGACAAUCAACUACAAUUAAUUGUUCCAAUUCUUGUGGUGCUAUAUUGAACUGUGGAAAGCAUUCCUGCUCUCAAGUGUGCCACAGUGGAAAGUGUGAGCCAUGCCAGCUUCAAGUCAAUCAAGUCUGUUAUUGUGGUGCUAGUUCCCGGGAAGUACCUUGUGGCACAGAUAAAGAACUCUAUGAUGGCAAUGGGAACUUUUCUUGCCUUAAACCUUGUGAGAAACAGCUUGGCUGCAGGAAUCAUAUUUGUGUGCAAGUAUGCCAUCCUCAGCCAUGUCCUCCUUGUUCUCGUGUUCCUGAGCUAGUGAUCUGCUGCCCAUGUGGACAAACACCCCUCUCCAAACUCCUUGAACUUGGUUAUCCUGAAAGAAAAAGCUGUACAGACCCCAUACCAUCAUGUGGAAAGACAUGUGGCAAACCACUACUUUGUGGAACAGAUGAUUCCAUUCAUACAUGUGAGAGUCUCUGUCAUGAAAAUGAAUGUGGGCCUUGCUCCCAAAUGUCAACCAUCAAAUGCAAAUGUGGAUUCAAAACUAAAGAUAUUCCAUGUGCUUCAAUACAAAAUGAAGUUGACCUGACAUUUUCAUGUGACAGGAGAUGCAACAAAAAAAAGUCCUGUGGACGCCAUAAGUGUAAUGAGCUCUGCUGUGUGGAUAAGGAGCACAAGUGUUCUUUGAUCUGCGGAUACAAACUAAACUGUGGACUGCACAGAUGUGAAGAGCUUUGCCAUCGUGGAAACUGUCAGAAGUGCUGGCAGACUAGUUUUGAUGAACUCACAUGUUAUUGUGGUGAAACUGUGAUAUAUCCCCCAGUUGCCUGUGGAACAAGACCUCCAGAGUGCAAAAACCCAUGUACAAGAAAACAUGAUUGUGAUCAUCCUGUAUUUCAUAACUGUCACAGUGAGGAAAAGUGUCCCCCCUGUACUUAUUUGACACAAAAGUGGUGCAUGGGAAAUCAUGAGCAAAGAAGUAAUAUUCCUUGUCAUCUGUCAGAUAUCUCCUGUGGACUUACUUGUAAUAAAAAAUUGCCAUGCGGCAUGCAUGCAUGUAAAAGAAUCUGUCAUAAAGGGGAGUGUAUGUCAGAGGAAUCUUGUAGGCAACCUUGUUGUAUUAUUCGUCAAGAAUGUGGCCAUCCCUGUGCAUCUCCAUGUCAUCCUCAAACUCCCUGUCCUAAGACCACAUGCUCUGCAAAGGUAGAGCUGCAGUGUGAUUGUGGACGCAGAAGAGAAACAAUGAUCUGUUCAGAAGCGUCUCAUACGUACCAAAAAAUUGCUGCUAUUGCAAUGGCCAGUCGACUUUCUGAUAUGCAGCUGGGAGACUCUGUUGAAAUCAGUCAGCUUAUUACAAAGAAGGAAAAAAAACAAAGUCGGUUGCAAUGUGAUGAAGAAUGUUCAUUGCUUGAAAGAAACAGACGUUUAGCAGAGGCUUUGAACAUUGACCAGAAUUCAAACCCUUUCAGUUCUCGAACCUCAACCUCGAAAUACAGUGACACCCUAAAGGAAGAUGCCAGGAAGGAUACAAAAUUUGUAAGUGAAAUUGAAGAAGAAAUGAAGAAUCUUAUAGAACAGGCAAAUAAGGGCAAACAACCUAAAAGGAGUCAUUGCUUUCCACCCAUGAACAGAGAGCAUCGGAAGCUCAUUCAUGACUUAGCUGAGGCUUAUGGAAUUGAAAGUGUGAGCUAUGAUAGUGAACCAAAGCGCAAUGUUGUGAUCACAGCCAUCAGAGGAAAAUCUUCUUGCCCCAAUUGCUCUCUGACUGAAACUUUGCAGCGGGAAGCUGCCAUGAAACCCCCACCUCCCAUUCCACACCACAAGCAGCAAGGUGCCAAGGUUGGCAGUUUCAGUAGUAUGCAAAAACCUGCCAAAGAAGAACCUCUGAUUGAUUACUUUGAUGUCCAGGAUUAAAGAAUUGGUGUCCCAUCAUUACUGAAUGGAUUGGAAUAAUUUGCUCCAAAGCCACUUUUCUGUAAUUUUGUUGAACUAAUGCAAGUCUCUGAUCAUGUAGUCAGAGAUUCUGGUGGUAUUUAAAUGUAACGAUUUUGUUACUAAUGUUGAAUCAAAAAUUAAAUUCAUAAUAAACCACAAUUAUUGAUAUUAAAUCAGUUUCUUCACAUUUCAGCUGUUAAACCUUUAAAACCAGUGCAAUUACACAUCUGUCAACAUAAAUAAAAUAUAUUGUUGCUUUUAUGAAAGUUGGCAUAUUCAGAACAAAGCAAGUUUUGGGCAUUCUUUGUUUCAUUAUUAUUGGAAAAUGGUAAUAGUUAUUAUAGUUAUUAUAAUUACAUUUUGGUGUGCCAGGAUGAAAGAAAUAUUGGAAGAUUAAGCUUGUAAUAAAACAAUUUAUUACAGUCUCUUCUUAUAUUGUAAAAGCCAGAAAAUAUAUAGAGCGCCAUGUUAUUUUACAUUACCGCAGCCAGAUGGCGCCUGUUUGGGACUGAGCUGUCCCACAUGCUCAGUUUGUAGUGGACACAAUGUGCAGAGACGAGUCCGUCGACUCCUGUGCAUGUAGCAGUAAAAUAUGCAGUGUAUAUCGGAGGGACAUUGUCAUAAGGAGAAGUCUAGUAAAAAGCUGUUUUAUAAAUAGAAGUGUUUUAUGUAAAGUAGUUUGGAAUGGAAAACCACCAUCAAAAACAGCUAAUCAGAAAUAAGUAAUGCUAGUUUAUUUUUAUUUAGAAACAGCCCCAACUAAUUUGUGGUCAGUUUCCAAAUUUGCCUGUAUUUCUCCAAGCUUGGUUCAGCUACUGUAUACCAAAUAUAUUGUAUUUCCAUUAAAUUAUACUUUUUAAAUCAAUAAAAAUACUGCAGUCAUACAAA